AUGCCCCGCACUCAUCCAGAUGGGACUGAAAUCCCGACAGAAGAAGACAUGCUUCAGCUCCGUCGUAUUCCUGAUAGACUCCCAUUUCGCACCUACCUGAUCGCAUACGUCGAACUGGCAGAACGUUUCUCGUACUAUGGCGCUACCGUCGUCUUCACAAACUUCAUUCAGCAGCCUCUCCCAGUCGGUUCAAAAUCGGGUGCAGGCGGUCCCAAUGGUCAAAGCGGAGCUCUCGGCAUGGGCCAACGCGCUUCAACCGGAAUUUCAACAUUCAACAGCUUCUGGGCCUACGUCACUCCCCUCAUCGGUGCUUACCUCGCAGACACAUACUUUGGUCGAUUUCGCACAGUCUGCUACGCGCUCGUCAUCGACAUCAUCGGGCACAUCCUCCUCAUAAUCUCUGCAAUCCCUAAUGUUAUCACUAAGCCCCACAGCGCUCUUGCCUGUUUUAUUGUUGCUGUCGUUAUCAUGGGCUCUGGGACUGGAGGAUUCAAGAGCAACAUAUCUCCACUCAUUGCUGAGCAGUACACUGGAAAGCUGCAUGUACGAACCCUCAACAGCGGUGAACGAGUCCUCGUUGACCCGGCACUUACUACGGCACGUAUCUACAUGUACUUCUACUUAUUCAUCAACGUCGGUGCCCUUAUCGGUCAAAUAGGCAUGACCUACUCCGAGAAGUACGUCGGAUUCUGGCUCGCUUAUCUCCUCCCGACCAUAAUCUUCCUCUCAGCUCCUCUCGUCCUCUUCCUCGGUCGAAACACAUACGUCCGUUCUCCACCUCAAGGCUCCGUCCUCGCCGCCGCACUCCGCGUAUACCGCUACGCAGCCAAAGGCAGCUGGUCCUGGAAUCCCAUCAAAACCCUCCGCAACCUAAGAGCUCCGGGCUUCUGGGACCGUGCCAAGCCCAGUCAAUUCGACAAAGAACAUGGAGGUGAGGGAGGAAGACCCGCAUGGAUGACAUGGGACGACAAGUGGGUCGACGAAGUCCGAAGAGGCUUCAAAGCAUGCGAAGUAUUCGUCUGGUACCCAAUAUACUGGCUCGCAUACAACCAACUCGGCAACAACCUAACCUCCCAAGCCGCCACAAUGUCAACCCACGGUCUCCCCAACGAUGUCCUCGGCAACCUCGACCCCCUCGCCCUCAUCAUCUUCAUCCCAAUCUGCGACCUCUUCAUCUACCCGACUCUCCAACGCUACAACAUCCGCUUCACCCCAAUCAAGAAAAUCACGUGGGGAUUCUACACUUGCGCACUAGCUAUAAUCUGGGCCGCAGUCCUCCAGCAUUAUCUCUACAAAACGAAUCCAUGUCAUUACUCUGCAAGCACAUGUACAGACGCAGAUGGUAACUUACUAACAAGUCCUCUGAACGUCUGGAUCCAAACCGGAUCGUACGUCCUCAUCGCUCUAUCAGAAAUCUUCGCGAGUAUUACGGGUUUGGAGUACGCAUUCACAAAGGCACCCAAGAACAUGCGUAGUCUCGUCAUGGGUAUUUUCCUUUUCACUAGUGCGAUUUCAAGUGCACUCGGAGAAGCGUUUGUCACCCUUUCUGCGGACCCUCUCCUAGUCUGGAACUACGGCUCAAUGGGAGUAUUUGCCUUUGUCGCCGGAGUCGGUUUCUGGCUUUCAUUCCGCCACUUGGAUGCAGAAGAGGAGGCACUUAACAUGAUAUGA